AUGUGGAAACGACCUCCUCCAGCAGAGAAAAUGGGCCAGAAGGUCUCCCAGGAGGACAACCAGGAGAGCAAGGCUGAAACUCUGGCCAUCUGUGAAGUCUUCAGCCAGGGUGUGCUCCACGCGUCUCAGAGGCUGAAGGACUAUCUCGGUUUUGUGGAUCCUCAGAGCAAAUUCCAGCCAGCCACGAACACACUGAGCGAGAUCUUCCUGGUCAACUUCAUCAGCUUCUGCGUGGGAAAGGGCGUGGAGGAGCAGAUCAUGACCAGCAAAAUGACCAAGCAGCAAUCCUCUCUGUUCGGAGUGGACUGGAUCUGGACUCUGUGUGGGUCUGACAAGCAGGUCAAGCUCCAGAUCGCCGUGCAGGCUUUGCAGCCGGCCGAGCUCUUCCAUGGCGAGGGCCCUGCCGAGGAUUGCUGCCGGGAGGCCACGCUGGCCGACGAGUGCUUCCAGAACAUGAGCAGAUUUGAGAAACUGGCCGAGUUCUGCCGCCUGGUGGGACGUGACUGCCUGGGCCUGUUUGUCAUGUUCGGUGUGCCAGGGAAGCCCAAGGAUAUCCGAGGAGUCCUGCUGGACAGCGUUGCCAAGGAGGAGCAAAAAUGCCGCCUGUCGGGUAGGAAUGCGCUGCGACAAUUUGUCACCAGCACUGACAGCUCCCUGCCCACAAAAGACAUGCUGGAAAAUUGCCUGGGCACCAAAAACGGGCUGAAGGACGUGGGCAAUGUGUACAUAAACUUUGUGUGA